AUGGACAAGGCUCAUUCCUUGUCAAGUCCUAUGGUCGUGAGGUCCUUAGACCUUGAGAAGGAUCCAUUCGGACCAAAGAAGCCAGACGAGGAUAUGCUCGGACCGGAAAUACCUUAUCUAAGUGCCAUUGGAGCCUUAAUGUAUUUGGCUAGCCAUACAAGACCGGACAUUAGUUUUGCCGUGAGUUUACUGUCUAGAUUCAGUUCAUGUCCGACACUUAGGCACUGGAACGGAAUAAAACAUCUGUUCAGAUAUCUGCAAGGAACACCCGAUCUCGGAUUGUUCUAUACCGAUCGGCCAAGUGAGAAGAUGGCUGGAUAUGCAGAUGUUGGGUACUUAUCUAACCCACACAAUGCUAGAUCUCAGACAGGUUACGUGUUUAUACACGGUGGGGCUGCAGUAAGUUGGCGGUCCACAAAACAAACCUUAGAGGCAACAUCAUCUAAUCAUGCCGAGAUCAUAGCCAUGUUUGAAGCAAGCCGAGAGCUUGUGUGGUUAGGAAUAUGA